GCCAACCUUGGCAUCAAUCCUUGGCAAUGGUUUCUGCGGGUGCGGGCCACACAGUGCUUCUUAGAAGUGAUGGCAGUGUCAUUACCUGCGGACAUUGUGAUCAUGAAACCAAUUAUUUUUGCACCGUUCCCAGCAUCCCACCUUUAGAGGAAGGAUUGCAGUACGUCCAGGUUUCCGCUGGCUUUCGUCACGUGGUGCUUCUCAGAAGUGAUGGCUGUGCUGUGGCCUUUGGAAUCAACGGAAAUGGGCAACGCAACACUCCACGCUUGGGGGAAAAAGAGUCAUACACACAGGUGUCAGCGGGCCAGUUUCACACAGUGCUUCUCCGAAGUGAUGGCACUGCUGUGGCUUGCGGAAGCAAUUCUGAUGAAAAAUGCAGCAUCCCCCCGUUGCAGAAGGGUGUGUGGUACACUCAGGUUUCUGCAGGUGGAAGUCACACAGUGCUGAUACGAAGUGAUGGCUGUGCUGUGGCUUGUGGAAGAAAUCAUGAACAGCAAUGCGACAUCCCGUCAUUGGAUCCUGGACUCUUCUACACACAGGUCUCUGCGGGCAAGUCUCACACAGUGCUUCUCCGAAUUGAUGGCACUGCAGUGGCUUGUGGGGAAAAUGAUGAUGGCCAAUGCAACAUUCCAUCUUUGCCUGAAGGAAUAUCCUACACCCAAAUUUCUGCAGGUGGGAAUCAUACGGUGCUUCUCCGAAGUGAUGGCAGCGUUGUUGCGUGCGGAUUUAAUUUUGAUGGACAAUGCAACAUUCCGCCCUUGGAUGUUGGAAUCUCAUACACCCAGAUUUCUGCUGGCGGAUUCUAUACGGUGCUACUGCGAAGUGACGGCAUGGCUAUGGCUUGCGGCACGAAUGACCAUGGACAAUGCGAUAUUCCACCUUUGGAGAAUGGAAUGUUGUAUACGCAGCUUUCUGCAGGGGGAAGCUUUGCAUGUCAUACUGUGCUGCUCAGAAGUGAUGGUUGUGCUGUUGCUUGUGGAAGAAAUGAUGCGGGACAGUGCAAUAUGCCAGAGUUGGAAAAAGGAGAAAGCUACACGCAGGUUUCUGCCGGCGGCUUUUAUACAGUUCUGCUUCGAAGCAAUGGGACUGCUGUUGCUUGUGGCAACACUGCCCACGGACAACGUGACAUUCCGCCUUUGGAGGAAGGAGUGUCGUACAUUCAGGUUUCUGCAGGUGGGUAUCAUACAGUGCUUCUCCGAAGUGAUGGUGCUGCCAUAGCUUGUGGACUGAAUCGACAUGGACGAUGCAAUGUUCCACCUUUGUAUGAAGGAAUGUCGUACACCCAAGUUUCUGCAGGCUUGGACCAUACAGUCCUUCUCCGAAGUGAUGGUAGUGCUGUCGCUUUCGGAAGCAACGAGAAUGCUCAAUGCGACAUUCCACCGUUGGAUGAUGGCAUGUCAUACACCCAGGUUUCUGCAGGUGAGAGUCACAGCGUGCUCCUCCGAAGUGAUGGCUCGGUCGUUGCCUGUGGCUGCAAUGAUUUUCGCAAAUGCCGAAUUCCAUCUCCAGCUGCUGGGACCUGCUACAUCAGCGAUCAACGGCCCUUGGGCCGAGAUCUUGUUCUGCAAAUGGAUGUCCUUUGUCAGGAUGAUGUAGAUGAUGUAGUCCUAACCUGCUCCAACCUGGCAGGUGUCAAGGUCUUCCGAUUGACUGCACCUGGCUCCGAUUUGGCCAGAGAAAUUCACCAACGCAUUGCGCACGAAAUGAACGUCCAACUCCAAAGUCUUCGAGUCGUUUUGCACGACGGACGGCUGCUUUCCUCGGUGUGUACAAAUCCAAUGGCCACGGUGGCGGAUUUAGUUGUACAUAGAAAAGUCCUGAAAGAACGCAUGGUGGACUUCUCUCCAGUGGAACGCUUUGUUCGCGUCACUGCCAUUGCUGUCUUCGCAAGAGAGGUGCGGAAGACACAGAUGAGGAAUAGAACGCGUGAGGAGCAACACAACUGUGGAGAGAAAGCAAAGAGCGCAGUCUUCCAGUUGGAGGAGAAUGUGCUCAGCCAGGAGUGGCAUGAUUCGCGGUACCAUGCCGCGAUAGAGGCAGGAGUCAACCAUUCGGCGCUUCGGCCUGCAUUCGGGCUGCUGGGCCGGAACAUCACCUGGGACAAGUUGGUUAAGAGCUACCAGCACACAGGCUUGGGCGCAAGAAAAGAAAAAGAGAAGAGCGACUUUGCAUCGGAAGAAAAGUGGUUUCUGGUCUUUUUAAGUGGCCGAGCAUCAGCUACCAACUGGUUUGAGGCUGCUUUGGCCAACAGCCGACACUUAGAGAAGGCGCCAGAUGUCAUCAGUGGCUAUGAUGAUCUGUGGAACGCCCUGAAGGCUGGUGAUGGUGAUUUGGUGCAAACGGAUCUGGCGUAUGAGGCCACUGUGGAGGCCUGGUGGGAAGAUUACGUGGUGCCAGAACUUGAGCGGGAACGUCAACGGGCACUGCUGCCGCCCUAG